AUGGCUUUACAUUCUGCAAGUGUAAACAGCAAGCUCAUCUUUGCUCCAGCUGGCAAAGAAAGUCAUGGACAGGCAGAACAGUUCACCAGAGGUAUAUUGACUCGCUCGGAUCUGGAUCAGACCUCGCCUAUCUGGCAGUUCCAUAAAUGGUUCGCAGCGGCCCAACGAUCAGAACUCGUCGCCCAUCCUGAAACCUGCUGCUUGUCCACUGCAUCGCUACCCUCUGGUCGUGUGUCGUCCCGUAUGGUCUAUCUGAAGGAGCUUGAUGCUGAGGGCUUUGUGAUCUAUAGCAACUUUGGGACAAGCAAGAAAGCCCAGGACCUCAGCACAAAUCCUUGGGCUAGUCUUACCUUCUGGUGGGAAGAACUUGAACGCCAGAUAAGAGUGGAGGGCCGAGCAAGCAGGCUUACACGUGAAGAGAGCCAAAAGUAUUUCGACACGAGGGUUCGUGGCAGCCGGAUCGGUGCUUGGUCAAGCCGCCAGAGCCAGGUGUUAAAGCCAAUUCAGGGAGACGCCGGCGACGAGGAAGAUGAUGGACGAAGGGUGCUUGAUGGCUGGGUCAAGGAGACCGAAAAACGAUUCGAGGGAGAGGAAAACAUUCCAGUUCCCGACUUCUGGGGCGGUUUAAGGAUCAUACCCGAAUCCGUUGAAUUCUGGCAAGGCCGACAAAGUCGACUACACGACCGUUUUAUCUACGAGAAGAAAGCACCAACAGAAGAAUCUGUGCAGGAAUGGACCUUGGAAAGGCUUAGCCCAUAG